UGCGAUAGACGACGGUAAAGACGGUAGUCACCAUGAGCUAUACGGCGGAAGAGAAAAUUAAGCUCGCGGGCGAAGACUCGAAGGAUCGGUUGUACGAGGCCAAGCAGAACCAGAAAGCGAUACGCAUCCUUACGGUGGCGGCGUACGUUCUGUGCGUGUCGCUGGUUGCCAUUAUGCUGUCGCUGUACUACAUCUUCUUCUGGGAUCCAAGUACAAACCCGAUGCAGCAGAAAACUCAAACGAUCGAUACCCUUAUCAUACCGGACCACUUGGCCAUACGGUUGGCCAAUCGGAGCGAGGUGCCAGCGAACCGCUUUUUCCACAGCUUCUACCAGCAUCUGGUGCAGGAUCGGGUCGUGAAGAUUAGAAAGGAGGUACACAUCUCGGAAUCAACCAACCUUACCCGUCUUAUCGAGCUGUACCAUCUGCAGCAGCAACACCAGUACAAACACCGACGUCCAGAAAAGCUAUCGCCGAGCCGCAAACAUACACUGCUCGGUGGAUCAGACGUCGCCGAUGGUCAACUGUCUUAUCAGGUGCAAUCGGCCGAACAGCAGGGCUCGGUUAGUGAUGGUCCGCCGCGGUUGAACACGGACGAGGAUGAUGGUAGUGAUGAUUACGAGCAGAGUGGUAAUUACGAGCCGUACUCCAACUAUACUACCAUACAGCUGGAUGCGGACGAACCCGAAGAACAGUGAGCGCAACGGCA